CUUGUCUGCUGCCUACCUGUUCCUUCCCCUCCAGUCCGGGUACAGACUUCAGGCACGACUGUCACAGUGCAUGCCACUCACUCGAUCACAGACCAAGGCCAUGGACCGGAAGGCGGGAGAAUCCCUCCUGGCCUAUGAGGAACGCCUGGCGGCAUUCAUCCAGGAGGCCAACGAUAGGGCCGCUGCCGCGGCCAAGGAACGUAGUCAGAAUGAGCAAGAAGAGGAGGCCAAGCGACGGAAGGAGGAACAGGACCGACUUUGUCAAGAGGAGGCAGACCUGCAGGCGGCAGCUGAACACCGGUCACGCCAGCGGGAACGACUGUUCACGCGGGAGACCGUGAUCGACGAUGAGACCGCACAUUGGGUGGAAAUGGCAUCUGCAAACGGGGCCCCGGAGACUGACAAAGGGCUGUCCGUCGUUGUGCAGAUCUCCCACGACCUCGUGGCCACCUGCGCUCUGCAGCAAGAGGAAAUCCUUCACCUGCAGCAGACAGUGGACCAGAUGCUUACACGGCUGCAGGCCUUGGAGAAACAGCCAGCCGCUGUAGCAGCCGCAGGGCCUUCCAACCUUACCACCCGCGUUCAAGUUUUGGAGGAUGACGUCAGCAACAUUAAGCGUGUGCAUCAGGAUUUCCGGACGUCGCAGCAAGCAACAAACUUGCAGUUGGAGACGCAGAUUGGGCAAGCGGCCUGCAACGCUUUGCUAGAUUGCGGCGCAACUCGCAACUUCAUCAGMCAGUCCUUCAUAACUCGGGCUGGCCUUGGCGCACAAGUACGGAGGAAGUCACAUCCGACGACGGUCGCUCUUGCCGAUGGUAAGACAAAACAGCUCUUAGACCGUUAUAUCUCGGCUGUCCCUGUGUACUUUGCACCGCACGCAUGUGAACCCGUCACUUUUGACGUGUUGGACACCGACUUCGAUGUCAUUUUGGGGAUGCCUUGGCUCUCUAGCGCGGACCACACAGUCAAUUUCCAUCCACACACGCUCACGAUUCGUGAUGCAACUGGCGCCGAGGUCUCGUGUACUAUUCCUCCUCCUCGCUCUCCCAUUCAGUACCAAGUCGCGAGUGCCAAAUGUUUUCGAGACACAUGCUGUUCCGAGCAUGUCGAAGAGAUUGGCAUCGCUUUUCUUCGAACCGUCCCGAUGACCGACUCAUCGUCCACGGAUUUGUCUUCCGACAUUCGUGUGACCCGGUUGUUAGACAAGUUCUCGGAUGUUUUUAAAACACCCUCCGGUAUAGUGCCGGACUGGCCGAUCUCUCACGAGAUCAUACUUGAGGCCUGCGCCGUGCAACUGAAGGGAUGCAUUUAUCGCAUGUCCGAGGAGGAGCUCACGGUUCUCCGUGCGCAAUUCGACGAUCUACUUGACAAGGGUUGGAUCCGCCCUAGCAACUCACCUUACGGUGUGCCCGUUCUCUUCGUUUGGAAGAAGAACAAGGACCUUCGACUUUGCAUUGCCUACCGACGCCUCAACGCGCAAACCAUCAAGAACGCGGGGCCUCUACCUCGCAUUGACGAUUUGCUUGAGCGGUUGGGCGGCGCCAAGUACUUUUCGAAGUUGGACCUGAAGUCGGGCUACCAUCAGAUUUCCAUUCGCCCGCAAGAUCGGUACAAAACCGCGUUUAAGACGCGAUAUGGGCAUUCUGAGUGGGUAGUUAUGCCUUUUGGCCUCACCAAUGCCCCGGCCACCUUUCAGGCGGCCAUGACCACCGAGUUUCGCGCUAUGUUAGACCGUUUUGUCUUGGUCUACUUAGACGACAUCAUCGUCUAUAGUCGAACUCUAGAGGAGCAUCUCCAGCACCUUCGCCGUGUUCUAGAGACUCUUCGGUCAGCCUGGUACAAGGCCAACCGUGACAAAUGUGAGUUUGUCCGGCAAGAGCUUGAAUACUUGGGCCAUCUUGUAUCUCCGAAAGGCAUUCGUUCGUUGGCGGACAAGAUUCAAGCCAUCCAGGAGUGGCCCGAGCCGAAGAAUGUGACGGACGUCGAUUGGAUUGAGCGCUUGCCGGACGUUGAGUUGGCUUACAACUCAUCGAUCCAUCCGGGUAUCGGGAUGUCGCCGUUCGAGUUUGAGCAUGGUUCACCCAUCUCAUCGUCGCUGGACGCCAUUUUGCCGCGCACAGCCAAGAGCGACGACCAUCUUGCGUUCCUUCGUCGCAUGCAAGAGCUCUUUGUCAAGGCACGGGAUCAAAUGUCAAAGACGCAAAUACGGAUGAGCCGUCAAGCCAACCGCAAUCGUCUCCCUUGCCCGUUACGCGCCGGCGAUCUGGUUUGGGUCUCUGCCGUAGAUUUCAGCCUUGAGCAAGACAUCUCUCGCAAGCUCCUUCCCAAGUGGAUGGGGCCUUGGCGCAUUCUCUCUGUAGUUGGUGAUGAUCCCGAGGGGCCUUCAUUCCGCAUCGCGUUACCACCUCACUUACUCGUCCACCCGGUGUUCCACUGUUCCAAACUCGCUCCUUUUGCUUCAGCGGAGUCCAACGAGUUUCCUGGCCGACGUACGCAAGACCUUCCUUCCAUGGACGGAUUUCAGGAGGCCGGCUACAUCAUCACCGACCGGCGCCAUGGCAACAAAGAAACGGAGCUUCUACUUCACUUUUCCUACUGCAGCCACAAGGCUGACCGUUGGCUGACGCGUUCGGAACUGCAUGCCACAGCUCCCGCUGUUCUCUCACGUUAUCUUAGCAAAGGGUAAGGAGGGGGCCGUGUUACAUGCUGAAAGCCUACACACGGGCCCCUCAUGAG